AUGAAGUUCGACAUUUCUCCCGCCCGAGCCGCUGCGCUCGUCGCUCUCAUUGCGAGCGUGGAGGCCGCUCACCACGGUCAUUUCCAUGCCCGCCACCACGAAGCCCGCACCGUCCCGGAGAGCACCACUCUCCAGAAGAAGAGUGGACAGUGUCAGUUCCCUACCGAUGCCGGUCUGGUCGCCGUCACUCCCAGUGAGGAGAACGCUGGAUGGGCCAUGAGCCCCAAUCAGCCCUGUAAGCCUGGCAACUACUGCCCCUACGCCUGCCCGGCUGGUCAAGUGUCCAUGCAGUGGGACCCCGAGGCUACCUCCUACUCCUACCCCAUGUCCAUGAACGGUGGUUUGUACUGUGACGAAAACGGUGACAUCCAAAAGCCCUUCCCCAGCAAGCCCUACUGUGAGGAUGGAACUGGUGUUGUCUCUGCCCACAACAAGGCCGGCCAGGCCGUGUCCUUCUGCCAGACUGUGCUUCCUGGAAACGAGGCCAUGCUGAUCCCGACUCUGGUUGAGGAGCUGGAAACUCUGGCUGUUCCUGGCAUGUCUUACUGGUGCUCCACCGCUGCCCAGUACUACAUCAAUGCCCCCGGUGUCUCCGUUGAGGAGGGCUGCGUUUGGGGUACCAACGCCAACCCCGUUGGUAACUGGUCUCCAUACACCGCUGGUGCCAACACCGAUGGUGAGGGCAACACUUACGUGAAGAUCGGCUGGAACCCCAUCUACUUGGAGCCCACCACUCCGUUCCGUGACGUCAAGCCUGAGUUCGGUAUUGAGAUUGAGUGCGAUGGCGACGACUGCAACGGAUUGCCUUGCCGUAUCGACCCCUCCACCAUGGGUGUGAACGAGAUGAGCGCUCCCGAUGUCUUCACUGGUGCUGGUGGUGCUACUGGCUGUGUUGUCACUGCUUCCAAUGGCUCCAAGGCCAGAAUUGUUGUCUUUGAUAUUGAAGGCAGUGGUUCCAGCUCCAGCGAGACUGUGUCCGUUCCCACUAGCACUGUUGCUCCUUCAAGCACUAGCUCCAGCAUCUCUAGCUCCACUUCCACUCCCACUCCUACCCCGACUACUACCAGUACCACCGAGACUCCUACCUCGAGUAGCACUUCGAUUUCGACUUCUACUCCCUCGUCUACCUCGACCACCUCGACCUCGACCUCGACCUCGACCUCGACUUCCACUUCUAUUCACACUUCCAUCCCCACAUCUACUCUCACCCGCCCCACUCACCAUAGCUCUAGCACUAGACUGCCUAAGUCUAGCCCCAGCAUGAGCUACACCUACCGCCCGCAAGUGUUCAAUCCCACCGGUGCCGCGGAGAUCUCCUCCGCCGGAUCUAGCACUACAGGCGCCGCCGCUGCUGCCUCCACCUCAGCCGGUUCCAAUGGUGCCUCCAGCGCUGCCGUCUCCAUGAUCAGCCUGGUCUUUGGUGCCGUUGCCGCUCUGGCCAUCAACUUCUAA